AUGCGCGCCCAGACCACCGACAAUGAGCGCUGUAAGGCCCUCAUCGUUGAACUCUUGGGACUGCCAAAAAUGACGAAUGUGCUCGGUCACUACGAGAAGAAUAUCAGCGCCAUGGCCCAGACGAUUGCCCCUGCCCAGUCUCAGACUAAGUGGGAUAGCCAAGUUCCACACCAACCUACCAACCUGUGCUUCACUCCCAAUGCGCGCAUCAACGGCACCAGCACCAGCACCUCACAUGGCACUGGCACUGGCACUCCCAUUCCCCAGCACAUUCGUCCCUUGUCCGGGCAUUCUGAGGCCGUUGCUCUCUACUGUGGUUUGGAGCUAAAGUAA